UGGAAUGGUGUUAGUCAGGCAGCUCGCGCUCUCCUCCUUGGGUUCCGGCGCCGGCGAAACGAGGCCAGUGGCUUCGAGCACGGCUCGUGUCCGGGACUUUGGCUCGGGCUCAGGCUCGGGCGCGGCCAGGCCCACGGCUUCAAGAACGCAUUGCGUUGUCGAUUUUUGUUUGGGCGGCGGGACGUUCUGUGGUGCGGUCGACGUCGCAAACCAAGGCUUUGCCGCGGGCUCCUUGGCGUCUGCGUCGCUGGCGAAGAGGCUCCGGCGGGGCGUCGCGGCCGGCGUGCCGCCGCCGCCGAAGACGUAGUCGGAGAGCGCGCCGGGCGACCGUGCGCCCGGCGUCGCCGGCUCGUCGGCGCUCUCGCCUCGGAAGAGGAGACUAAAGGAGUACUCGGAGCCGCGCGGCGACGUCGCCUCCUCGCUGUCCGAUUGCUCCUCGCUUUGGCAAGCGUCGAAAAAGGGGCAGAGCAGGUCGCUCAUCGCCUCGGCAGCAAGGGUUUGGCCGGGAGCAGAGGUUUUGGCAGCCUGGUCCAGCGGGAGGGCGGGGGCAGCCUUGAAAUCUGAGCUGCCACAGAG